AUGGCGUCAGUUCGCUCUUUGGGCGUUCACGAACCCUCGGCCGUCUCCUAUCUAGUCGCAGAGGGAGUCCUCCCCCCUGAGCCCUCGGAAGACCAUUAUAAUUGGACGCUAUGCGUCGACGAGAGCGGAUUGACUGGCCCUGUGGACGAUGAGUUAGUAUGGACGAAACACUGUGUUGUAUGGUCCCGCGCAGGGAUGGUGAAGCGAGUAUUUCGAAUGGACCCUGAGAAAGAAGAGAUUCGGCAUGCUCUUUUCACUCGCUUUGCAGCGGAAGACAAGACACACUCUAAAACCACGCCUCCGAGUCGACCUGAAGCAGCUACUGGCACGCAGAAACAAAAGCGGACUGAACCCUUCUCAACAUUGGAUCUACAUGGAGAUGCACGAGUGGCGGUUGUAGCUCCCCAGCACUCUAAUGAGGCUCUUUCCAGGGCUUUGGUGGUAGUCCUCAAAUCGCAAGCUCACAUAUUCUUCGUCGCGGGCAAUAGCCAUACAAUUCCCCUUCCAUUUGAGGUUGACUCCGUCUUUGCUACGCCUCGAGGUCUUAUUUUCCAAAGGAAGGUCCAGGAUGAAAAUGGUGGCAGUCAGCAACCAGCUGCGCCGCCGAAUUCCUUCAUGUCUGCUUCGCUAUUCGACCCCGGUGCCUCUCAGUCAUUUUCUCUCAGCAAAAGCAAGCGUCCAUCGACGAAAUCAUCAUCUGCUGGAGGUCCUUCGUGGGUGCCAAAUGCUGGCUCAAUCACCAACCUACCCCGGGUUUUCUCUCUCAUUAAUCCUCAUUCCGAGAUGGGUCUGGUUGUGACAUCGCAAACUUCCCGCUGGCUUCAGAGCAGCGUUAAUAGCACCAGAGGAAGGCCAUCUGGACUAGAGGUAUUGGAUCAUGUGGAUGAGAUUGUGUAUAUCUCCCCAAAAGACGAACUCUCGGAUACCAACAGACAAAACAGCGGACCUUUGAUCCUAGUGGUUACCAUCAACACAACUACAGGUAUCUACACGAUUUGGACUGCGCGCUACAAAGACGAUGAAUCAGGAAGCUCAAUGAAAGACAAAGCCAGACGGGAGACAGGUGGUACCCGGUCAGUAAGGCGAAGCUCGCAUUUCGGGAUGGCGACUGGCGCGACAACACCGGCCGCUCGCUCUGGAGCAACCCGAGAGAGCUUUGGGCCUCGGACCGACAACUGGCCUUCCACUCAGGUAUCUGAAGGGAAGACUGAUGCUGAAGACGACUUGGCUUCGAGAGUAGCCCAAGAGUUCGGAGAUGUCGGUGUUCCCCUCAAAACAUCAAGGCGAGUCAGCUCACUUCUCGCCCGAACAGACCUUGCAACUAGCCAGGACCGUAUCACUUUUUCGGACCUGGCUACUGGCAGUCAGUCCAGCACCAUGCCUCAUGGUACUGGGUUCAGGCAGUCUAUCGGAGGAGCAAGCACUCGCGGAAGCUUUGGUUUUAACCCUCGAGGCUCUCUACCUCCAGGCACAGGGUCUAUUUACAGCACUGCGGGCAGCUUUCUGGAUGCCCCAGUGGACAAGCUACUCGAAGAGCUCAACAACGACAGUCUAUCUUCCGGGUUCGAGAACAUUGCCCUACGCGAAUCGACAUCCGGACUCCCGGAGGAACUUAUAUUAACCAAGAUUGAAACUUCCAAAAAAGAGGCGGCAUCCCGCCGCUUGAAGGUUUCUACAUUGGCAUCCACCGAGUUUGGAAGCGCCCACAAAGGCAAUACUUCCCUGGCAGUAUACAUCGUGGACCAAGAGGCACAGAAAUUAACUAUUGUGAAUCUGAGGGCUGACCGAGAGCCAACCUCCAAGUACCGGAAGAAAAGGUCCAAGUCCGCCGAGCAGCGUCCGUUACUCGUGCGUGCGGUAAGGAUCCAAAAUGUCUCAAAUGUCUUGGAUGCUUGCAGAAUCUCCGAUGGGGACCUUUCUCGAAUACUCUCGUUAAGUGAAACGGAAAGCGGACACCGCGAACUAUCAUUGCAAACGCUGUGGGGUAGUCCCGUCAAAGUUGAGAUUCCUGUGCCACUGCAGCUGUAUGAACCGGAUGGCAUCUCUGCCAACAAACUCGAGAGUCGUCCAAGAGAAAGUGGUGUCAACCGAGUCAUGGCAGAUCCCGACCUCGUCUUCAACAAGUUUGAUCAUGGGUGCUCUCGAGGGAAGAUCGACCUUGUGGACACCCAUAAACAACGCCACAGACUCCAAAUCCGAAUGGAGCCUCGCAACGAACUGGUGAAGAAAAUACUCAAGAUCUGCAAAUUUGCCUUGCGCGAGUCCGAGAAAGCGGGCGAUGGCAUCAUGGUGGCAUGGUGGGAGGUCAUGAAAUGGCUUCGAGGCAAGGAGGAAAACAACAUUGAGUGGACCGCCAUGACAGUCGUCUUGUUAAGUCUAGCAGCCCCAUUCGUCUCCCCUCCGCAAACGCAGAUUCCCAAGCGAGCGCGUCGCAAGAAGGGUCUACUGAGAUCGAGCAGUGGAGGGCACUUGGAUCUGGAAAGCUGGGAGUCCAUGCUGGACCUGGAGUCUGGCUCAUCUGGUGUCGUAGCUCCGUGGAUGAUGGACAGUUCCUGGGGCUGGAUCGUCGAACAAGACGCAAUUGAGGGUCUUGCAUCAGGAGAUGCACCCAAAGGUGGCAAUGCAAGUCGAUCUACAUAUCGCCAGAAUUCAUACUUGAUCCGGUGCAUCGCUCUCAGUCGUGAAUUUCUCCAAAGUCCCGAAGGCCUCAGGGCUGCUGGCCGCGACGGCUACCUCCCUAUCUCUGAAGCGUUCUCAGAGAACACAAGAUGUACCGCAUUGUGCAGUGUUCUCGUGGCCUUGCAUCUAUUGCGGGAGGAACAGAAGCUCUCCACCUGCGACUCGGAUGAGUCCCAAAGACCUCUUGGUUUGCUUGCUCCUGUCAUCGCACAAUUGGGCGGCUGGCUAGGAUGGGAAUCCUGGAAAUGGACCGAGGAUGCCUAUUAUGGCACCGAAAUGGCCAGUAUGGAGCGCUGGCAGUUUGAGGAUAACACCCAUAUCGCUGGGCUACAGGUUCCCGCGGAACCCUUCCCGCCUCCAUCCAUCUUCGAGUUUCUCAUGGGUGCUGCUGCUCAUCGGAGCCCUACACCGUUUGUUUCUCUCCUUGAUAUUGUGAAUGCAUCCGAGCGAACACCCAGGAAAGGGCGAAUGUGGCGUGAAUGUUUCAGCAUCACACCAAGAACGUGUGCGCUGAAUGGCUUCUUCGCCGAGGUUCACAGUGUGUCGACACCCUUGGACAAGAUCAAGCUUUUGCAGCGCUGGGGGUUCACGAAGAGCGUCAUUGAUAGCUUCCCAGAAGGCGUCAGCGCACCGCUCUAUGAAGCCGUUAUGCAAUGUCAGAUUGAGGCUUCCACAUCCUGGAACGCGUCACUCCUAGAGCUGAUUGACAGAGAAGACCUUUACAUGUCGAUGAACCCGGCUCAAACCAAUUCAUUGGCGGCACCACAGCAGCCUAACCAUAAUGCCAUCCGAGAUUUCCAUUAUAUCAGCAGCUCAGCAUUGGAUAUUGAUGCCAUCAACGCCUUUGAGGCGUCUGCAGAGGCUGACCGAUACUCAGUCACCAGGCUGAUAUUCCGAGAGGAUAAGCGAUUUAUGGAAGCAGCUAAACUACUAAAUCAGUCCAAAGCACCGGUGGCAGAGUGUAUAGCCGAACCUGGCUGGAGUGAGUCGGACUUGUUAGAGGCGCAAAAAGAAAUCGUGCAGCUCGUGACAGUCCGGACGCUGUCUACUCCAGCGGGUCGUGCAAUGCUCACUUUUAGUGGCCGAUUGCCUCUAUUGACUGAGAAACUGCCGAUCCCUUCAUUUUCCCUGCAGUGCGUCAUGAAGCCGGACAAUGUGACGGUCAGCGCGGAUAGAUCUGCGUUCUCAGAAGAAAAGGUCUGCUGGGCCUUCUUCCACAACGGAGUAUCAACGGGUCUGGCAAUCUCCAAGGCUUCGAAGGGCAUUGACACAUCGUGGAUCUUGUUCAACAAACCACAGGAUCUUACCAACCGGCAUGCCGGGUUUUUGUUGGCUCUGGGUCUGAAUGGCCAUCUUAAAUCGUUGGCCAAGUGGGUUGCUUUCAAAUACCUCACUCCCAAGCAUACCAUGACAUCAAUUGGUCUCCUGCUUGGCCUCUCUGCGUCGUACAUGGGCACAAUGGAUACUCUAAUCACACGCUUGCUUUCGGUACAUGUUACGAGAAUGCUUCCACUUGGAGCAGCUGAGUUGAACCUGUCACCGUUGACUCAGACAGCUGGAAUUAUGGGCAUCGGCUUACUUUAUUGUGGCUCUCAGCAUCGUCGUAUGAGCGAGGUCAUGCUCUCGGAAAUCGAAAACAGUGAGCAGGAUGAGCAAGCUGCUGCCACCGGAGAGGAACUCCGCGACGAAGGAUAUCGUCUGGCCGCAGGCUUUGCCCUUGGUUUCAUUAACCUUGGCAAAGGCGAUGAUUUGCGGGGCAUGCGCGAUAUGCACAUUGUUGAACGGCUAUUGUCAAUCGCGGUGGGCACCAAGACCGUCGAAAUCGCCCAUGUACUAGACCGUGCCACAGCUGGCGCGACCAUUGCCCUCAUGAUAAUCUUCAUGAAGACCAACGACUCGGUACUAGCCAAGAAGAUUGAUAUCCCCGAUACCACUGUUCGCUUCGACUACGUGAGGCCGGAUCUGUUCCUGUUGCGAACAUUGGCACGACACUUAAUCAUGUGGGAUAGUAUCAAACCUACUGCUGAGUGGAUCAGCCAGAGCCUGCCCGAAGUCUACCGGGGAAGAUCGCGACUCACGGAUGUGCACCGGCUGCGCAGCGAAGAUAUGCCAUUCUUCAAUAUUAUUGCAGGCCUCUGCUUUGCCGUCGGUCUCCGCCAUGCUGGGUCGGGAGAAACAGAGGCCCGAGAUCUGUUGCUGUUCUAUCCAGACCAGCUUAUCCGCAUCUCACGGCUACCUGUGCGAUGCUACGAUGCUAGACUCGCCCGCAACUCGGUCCGGAACUGUCAAGAUGUGGUGGCCCUAUCUGCCGCGGCGGUCAUGGCUGGCACGGGUGAUCUAGCUCUGUUCCGGCGCCUGCGCUCGCUCCAUGGUCGAAUCGACACUGAUACACCAUAUGGCAGUCACAUGGCAGCACACAUGGCUAUCGGAGUACUCUUCCUUGGAGGAGGCAGCUACACACUUGGCACAUCCAACCGCGAUGUGACCGCGCUCAUCUGUGCAUUCUACCCGAUCUUCCCAACAACUGUCCUUGAUAACAAGUGUCACCUCCAAGCCUUCCGCCAUCUCUGGGUUCUCGCCGCUGAGCCACGAUGUCUCGUCCCUCGUGAUCUUGAUACCCGCCGCCCAAUCUCGAUCCCCAUUACCAUAACAUCUCAUGACGAGACCACCCGCACCGUCAGCGCCCCCUGUCUACUGCCAGAUCCUAGCAGCAUUGCCCGUGUUGAGAUUCGCGGACCAGACCACUGGCCCCUCGUUCUAGAUUUCAGCCAGAACGAUGCCCUACGCGAGAAAUUCCUCCGUGGCGACCCAUCCGUCUACCUUCGCCGCAAGGCAACCUAUAGCCCAAGCUCCUCAACCUCCGUCUUCGCCUCCACCCUGACCGGCCUCAGUGAAGCCCAAGACAUCCUCCCAGCAACCACCGGUCCCUUCUCAAACCCAGCCAAGGGCCUCCCACCCUCGGCAUGGCCAACCCGCACGGCCCUACUCACUGGCAAGCCAUCUGCAGCGAUGACUCCAUCUCAAAACCCCUGGGACUGGGUCUUCCAACUCCCCUCCUUACAAGACCUCGACAUCCGAGAGCGCUCCCUCGUCCUCCCAUCUUCCUUCCCGAUGCGCUCCGCGCGCAUCACCACCGAUCUUGUCUCUGUACCGCCCUGGCUACGUACCUCAGCGGUCGAUGCGAGACUCGCUCUGUCGCAUACCGUGCGCAACAUUGUGCAAUCCGCACGCGGCCGUGGCGCUGAUCCGGACCAAAUUCGUGAUCGAAUCUGGCAGCUUCGUCUGCUGUUUGAUUGGCUGGACCGUACUCAGCCUGGCGAUGAACGGGACCAUAUUUCCAGUAGAGGGCUAUUAUCACCGGCGCAGGGUCAGCCAUCUGGGCUGUGGUUACGGAGAGACUUCGUUGAGGAAGCUAAGUGGCAGGUUUGGGGUGUGCAGGUUGGAGAUCUUGAGGGAGAGAAUCAGAUAUAA